AUAAAGGCUGAGGUAAUUACAGGUAUAAAAGUGUCCAUCUCAUACAUCACCCCUUCAGUUUAAGUCUUCAAGUCGCUUUUGCAUCAUCAUUCUCAUUUUACAUUAUCCUCUCCAAAAGGGAAGAAAACACAGCUCAAAAAUGUUUAAGCUUAUCGUUUUGGCCGCUCUUGUCGCCGUGUGCUCCGCUGGAAUCCCCCACUACAAGGUCGGGUACGGAUUCGUGGCUGCUGGAUAUGGACCUCACGGAGGUCACGGGUCCGUUGCAAAGGUCAAUGCUCACCAGACCGGGUUGGAUUAUGGAUUCAGCGUUCAUGAAAACUCCCCACACGGUCACCGUUACCACGUGCAAUCUGCCGUCGCCCCCACUGGUUAUGGAUAUGGUCACGUCGGAGGUUACGGUCACGGGGGGUUUGGUCAUGGUGGAUUUGGUGGUUAUGGUCAUGGAGGAUUUUACUAAAUUUCGUCGCGAUUGCUGCCAUACUUCCAGACACCAACAAAUUCAAAUGACACCAGCGGAACAACUUUUGUAGAAAAAUGUGACUGCACAGAUAAGAUGAGAUAUUCUUAUCAUGUGUUGUAACAUUUAUCACGAAAAUCAACCAACACCCAAAAAC